UCAUGUCUGGUGGAGACGGCAUCCCAACUUUCAAGCUUGUCCUUGUCGGAGAUGGAGGAACCGGAAAGACUACCUUCGUUAAACGUCACUUGACUGGAGAGUUCGAGAAGAAGUAUGUUGCCACUCUCGGAGUCGAAGUUCACCCACUUGUCUUCCACACCAAUCGCGGACAAAUUCGUUUCAACGUUUGGGACACCGCCGGACAGGAGAAAUUUGGUGGUCUUCGUGACGGAUACUACAUCCAAGGACAAUGCGCCAUUAUCAUGUUCGAUGUUACCGCUCGUGUCACCUACAAGAAUGUCCCGAACUGGCAUCGCGAUUUGGCCAGAGUAUGUGAAAACAUUCCAAUUGUUCUCUGCGGAAAUAAGGUCGACGUCAAGGACCGUAAAGUGAAGGCCAAGACCAUCACCUUCCACCGAAAGAAGAACCUCCAAUACUACGACAUCUCCGCAAAGUCGAACUAUAACUUCGAAAAGCCAUUCCUCUGGCUCGCCAGAAAGCUGCUCGGAGAUCCAAACCUCGAGUUUGUCGCAAUGCCAGCUUUGGCUCCUCCAGAGGUUCAAAUGGACCCAGCCAUGAUUGCCGAAUACGAAAAGGAUCUGGACAACGCCGCCAAGGCUGAUCUUCCAGAUGACGACGAUGAUCUUUAAACACUUUAACCUUUCAAAAUCCUUGUUUUCAAAUCUCACAAAACCAUCCCACCUAAAUUUACCAUUUUAUACAUUUCAUAUGCCAAUUAAUUUCUUAACUUAAAAAUAAUUUGCAUACCCAACCGGUGUCUACAAUUCAAAGUGCUGGCUUGGGUAGAAGAAGGAUUGUACAUUUGCUGUUUGAUCGUUGUGCGAAUGAAUUGAAGAAAUGGUUGGCUCAUCACUCUCAAUCUCCAUGAUUUAUUUUAUAUUUUAUGUUCGACUAAAAAAUUUUAAACAACUUGUUGCAAUAAAUUGUAGCACCAUUCG